AGUGCGGGCAAAUUUCACAGCAAGGAUGAAUGAAUAUAUAAACAGAAAGUGCCGUUUUGGGAUGAGGGGUCUGAACGGGUGCUGUAUGACAACUCGGACUUGUUAGCAAAAUAUUUAAUAUGCAUGUUUAUUGAUUUUAUUGAUCAGUUUUAUUGGUCGUAUUUUGCAGGUUUGUACAUUUAUAGGUGAUGCACCUAAUGUAGCUUAAAGAUAAACUGAUACUAGAUACUUGUUCAUUGCUUUGUUGAGUUUUCAUGUCUCUAUAAGAUUUGACAGUGAAAUAAUUUGUUCCUGUGAAACUACCCUCGUGUGUUAUUUAUCUAGUGUGUCUGUAUGAGCUUUAUCUGUACAGUCCAGUCAAGUGUAGCUCAAAUGUGAAAUUUGCAUCAAGGUACACUAUUCUACACUAGUAACUGAUACCAAGGACCUCAAAAUGUCUGCAUUUUGCACAAAGGUUAUUUCCCAAAGCCUCAGGUGUACAAUUCACAGAGUCUCAGCGUCCAUUCGAUUCAUACCAUACAGAGCUAUCUUUGUCAAGAGGAGCCAUCAUGUUCUUUCUCAAGCACCCAAAGUGGCGUUGUUGUGUUGGGGGGCAGGUGGAAUCACUUACGCUUCAGCGCAGGAGGCAGUGCUUCCUCACAGGACUACAGAGAAAAAGUCUCUUGCCAGAGUGCAGGUCUACAGGCUGAUGUUUGUGUUUCGGCUGGGCGUCCGUGCUUUGGUCCUCCUGCUGAAAUUCAGCCCGCUUUUGCUGCUGUACCCAAUGAGUCUGCUCUCCCAGCACUGGGCCGCAUGCUGGCUAGACGCCCUGCUCUGGGUCACGGAGACGUCUGGUCCAACAUUUAUCAAACUUGGACAGUGGGCCAGCACACGACGGGACGUCUUCUCCCCGGAGUUCUGCGAUCGCUUUUCCCGGCUCCAUGUCAGGGUGCAUCCUCAUUCAUGGACUCACACGAAGCAAUGUCUAACACGGGCCUUUGGGGAAGGCUGGAGGCAGCUCUUUAUCUUUGACAGUAAGGAUCCUGUGGGCUCAGGAUGCGUGGCACAGGUAUAUCGGGCCAAGGCUCGAGUGGCAAGUGUGAAAGACCCGGCAUUCCAGGAGCUGGUGGAGGGCCUUGAAAAGGAGGACAUGCUGGAGGCUUGGGAGAUUCCUGGCUUUGGAGGCACUUUGGGUUAUUUCUGGGGGUCUGAGAAAGGAGAAGAAGAGAUGUCCGAGAAUGCAGACGGAGGUUCUGCUGAGCUUCUACAUGCAGAGGAUAAGGGGCUAAUACCAGUAGCGGUUAAGGUGCUUCAUCCUGGUAUCAGGAGACAGGUUCAGAUCGACCUGAUUCUGAUGAAGGCAGGCAGUGUGCUCAUCAGCUGCUUACCAGGUCUCAAGUGGCUCAGUCUGCCCGAAGUGGUGGAUGAAUUUGAGAAGCUCAUGACGAAGCAGAUAGACCUUCGUUUUGAAGCAAGGAACAUGGAGAAGUUCAAGAACAACUUCAAGGACUUGGAACAUGUCAAGUUUCCAACACCACUAAGACCAUUUGUUACAAGGACUGUCCUGGUUGAAACGUAUGAGGAGAGCGAACCCAUUUCGAACUACCUGAGAGCUGAAGUUUCUGUGGCUGUGAAGCAGAGAAUCGCCCGCAUGGGGGUGGACACGCUGCUGAAAAUGGUGUUUGUAGAUAACUUUGUCCAUGGAGACCUCCAUCCAGGGAAUAUCUUGGUUCAGGCGGACCAGGGGGUCUCACCCCAGGACAAGGCCACUCUGACGGAUCUGUGGGACACAGUGGUGGUCAGUAUGAGACCUUCACCUCCUCCGUUACAGUUGGUGCUGCUGGACACUGGAAUUGUUGCCCAGCUAAGCGAAGGAGAUCUGCGUAACCUGAGAGCUGUCUUUACUGCUGUCGUGCUCCAACAGGGCGAGCGUGUAGCAGAGCUGAUUCUACACCAUGCCAGGGCUAAUGAGUGCCAGGAUGUGGCACGCUUCAAAAAGGAAAUGGCUGAGCUGGUGAACCUUGCUGUCAGUGAUACACUGUCUCUGGGGAAGGUUCAGGUGGCAGAGCUGUUGUCCAGAGUAUUUGGAUUGCUAAUACACCACAAGGUGAAGCUGGAGAGCAACUUUGCCUCCAUUGUGUUUGCCAUCAUGGUCCUGGAAGGCUUGGGCAGGUCACUGGACCCAAACUUGGACCUGCUGGAGAUUGCUAAACCUCUGCUGUUAAAGAACUGCACCUCUUUUCUUUCCUGAACCCUAUAUCCAGAAUUAUCCAAUUUUGGUCCAUUGUCUCAAUGUAGCUUCAACAAAUAAAUAAAUCUGUACACAAUUACUUAAUAUAUAUCCUAUGCUAAAUUUUAUGGGCAGUUAUUGUUUUAACAGAAUUGAAGGGUCACGUACAGUGAGACGAGCAGGGCCAGUGUGUGUCAAGUCUCUCCAAGGAAAAAUCUGGUUUUAAUUGCCAAUCAAUCAGGAUAUUACUUCUAUACUCCGAUAGUUAAGCCUGAGACUAUUUUUAAGAGCAGUUCUCAGAAGUUUUAGUCACAAGCAGAUCUGCAACAGAUCCCUCAAUACAUCAUCAACAGAAAACCUCAUCGUCCUGCCUGUCAGGAAACGCCACGAUCACAAAUGUUAAGACAGAUCUGAAAUGAACGCUCGAGUCAGAACAGUGAUGGCUGCCUGAAAUACUGUAGAUGAAUUGUAUCGUGCAAGCUAUACUUUGUGUGUUUCCUGAAAAUUGAAAUAAAUUCUGGGGGUCUAUGCAUUACUCAU